ACACCUUUCACACAGCUCUUCACUGUACACGCCUUUUUGCAGAAAGAAGAUUCCAUCAAGCAGGUUCCUCUAGUGUUUGUGCUGAUGUCACGCAAAAGGAAGAGAGACUACAAGGCAGUUUUUGAAAGACUGAAGCAGGUAGUACCAGACCUGCGUGUGCAAGCCUUCUGUCUGGACUUUGAGUCAGCAGCCUGGUCAGCCAUCAAGACCGUCUUUCCUACAGCCGAGAUAAAGGGAUGUUCAUUCCACUGGUGCCAAGCAGUCAUGCGGAAGGUUGCCAAGUUGGGGUUGAAGACCGCCUAUGACUCCAAGAAGAGCGUCCACCUCUUCAUCAGGAAGUUACUUGCUCUGCCAUACCUGCCAUCUGACCACAUCAGACCAGCUUUUACAGAGAUGCUUCAAACCACUGCAACAGCCUCACCACAGAUCAAGCAGCUGAUGACCUACCUUCAACGUACCUGGUUCAACAACACAGUCUGGACUGUUCAACAGUGGUCUGUCCAUCGGCUCUCAGUGAGGACAAACAAUGAUGUAGAAGGGUGGCAUAGGCGUUUCAAUGGCAAGGCUGCCCACAACCACCUCCAUUUCUAUAAGAUUGUGCCAGCCUUCCUACAAGAAGCAAAGACCGUGUCCAUCACACAGCAGCUUGUGAGUGAACAGCAACUCAGCCGAUAUCAACGAGACACAUACAAGCAGCUUCAAGGCCGUCUAACUUCACUGUGGGACCAGUACGAGGAAGACAGUAUCAGAACAUCAGACUUUCUCCGUUCCGUGGGCCAUCUGUAUGCACCCCCUGUUCCACAGCCAGAGACCCUCCCAGAGUCCGACUCUGAAGAUUCCGACAUCGAGUUAUAAGUGUUAAUUGUAGUGACUUGAGAACUUAUUGGUUGUGCUUAUUCUGUGUAUAGUGCUUUGUUAAAAUAGUAACUUUAAUGAGUUCAUGAAGUAAAUGAUCAUAAUAUAGUAUAUUUUGGUAUGUUUAGUGCUUUUGUUUCAGUUGUGACUUUUAUAACUGCAUGUUUAUGUUGUGACUUUUAUAACUGCACGUUUAUGUAUUUUAGUGCUUUAUGAUAUAGGUUAUAUGUGUGAAUGUGAAUAUAAAUGUUUGAAUAUUGGGUGAAAUGUGUAUGCAGUGGAAUA